AGGUGACGAAGCCUCGCUCUUUGUGAAUGUGGGCCUAUGUGGCAGAGAGAUUUUGUCAUAUCUUGUUUAGAAGGGGAGCAAAGAAGCCUACAUAGGUUUUGAUGUACAUAUACAGUGUUAAAUAUUAACAUCGAGGUUGAAUUAGUCACAUGACCAUCCAAGCUUCUUUCCACAGUUCCAACUUCUACAGCCACGCGACCGGCGAUAAGCCACAACAACAGCAACAAAAAGCCCGAAAAACCGCAUCGCCAUCAUACCCAUAACCGCAGUGAUAUCUUUGUUUCUUUACGGCUCCAUCCUCAUCACUAAAUGGUUAGAGCGUGCGGCUUUUAACCACAAGGCUCCGGGGGUUCGACCCCCGGUGGUGGCUAACAGGAAGCAGUUGGUCUACAGCGUAUGUGGAGUGAGUGCAGUGUCAUUGUGCUAGCGGUGUGCUGGCAAUAAUGGGACGUGUUUUUUCUUUAUUUCUUUCUUUUUUACCUAGGUAGCUUCCAUGUCCAGAGGGAGUCAGUGAUGAGGAGGGCUAGAUAAGUAAAAAAGGGGCUCGAACCCCAUGGCGCCCUGCUGUCAAACGAUCUUCCUAAAUCGGAAUCCCGUGGCUGCUGUACGGAGUAAUCCGUACGGAGUACUGAUCGAUGGAAUAAUGGCAAUUGUGAUCUGUACGGAGAGACAAUAAUACAAUUAUUUAAUUGCCUCUGCCAGGCGUUUUCAGCCCUGCACGGCAACAAGUAGCGAACUUCGAGUGCACCGCCACACCUGUCAUAGCCCAUGCGUUGGUCGGCUUACAUUGGCUGACAUCGGCUGCGGGAUGGCUGAAAAUAGCCUCUGCGGGACUACAAGUUGGUGGGAAGACGAAACCGGUGCCGUCAUUUGAUUUAGGGAAAUCUAAGACCUGAGACUCGACUCCCGGAUCUGGGGUCUGAGCAUUUUUUUUGGAAAGUGGCGUCAUAGUCAGUAAUAAUCAAUAUCUUGUGUCAUGAUAUCAAAAACCACCUUUGGAGGAGCAUUUGCAAACUUCAAGACCACGAGAGAAAGUACACGUACAGUACAUGAUGCAGUAAGUUCUCUCGGGAGGAACCUCGGUAGGGAUUUUGUAAUGGUUGGCCUCAAUUUUAGCCUGUGAAGGGGACACACACUCAUAUCUAUUUGUAUAUUUCCCAUUCAGUUACUUAUUUUAUGGCAGAGGUAGAACAAAAUGGUCUGAUAAAUAUUACUUGAUGAUAUUAAUAUUUGCAGGGACUCUGGAUGUGUAAGAUGUAUGUACAUGUACAGUACAUGCACGUCAACCCGGGGCAAGCAAGACAUUCUCGGUACUUCCGAGGCAGCAACAGUGAUUGUAUCUGUAAUGCGUCGUUGUAAACACCGCCAGGGAUUAGCCGCGCAUUGCUCAGCCUCACCACCACCACCUCCGAUCACCACCACCACCACCACCACCGCCAUUAUUAUAUUCCGAUAAUCGUCACCAUCUCACUAGCCCUGCGAAGUCCGAAUCUUGCCUCCCGAAUCUCUCCCUCACCAUCUCCUGUUUGCCCCUGAUCGCUCCCGUCUCGUCUGCCGUACACCACCAACUAUCUUGCCCGUGGUGCUCCCGUUCUUACUCCUGCUCCUGUCCUCCUCUCCCGGCACACUCACUUGCAUACAUUCGUUUAGCAAACGGCGUCUACCCCUGCAACGAGAACUCCCCAUACCAUCGAUCUUAGGCUUCUCGAGUUCAUAACUUUUCCCGCGCCGUGGAUACCAGGGGGAGGUGCCGCGCGCCAGUUGUAUUCCCCCCUACCCUCAAUUCAUCACCAUAAUCAUCAUCAUCAUCAUGGAUAUUCUACAUAUCCGUCGCAAGGAUACUACGAAAGGUCCACCACUACGGAUUCUGUCACUAGAUGGCGGUGGUGUCCGUGGCUACUCCAUGCUCAUCCUCCUCCAAGAACUCAUGCACCGCACCUACGUCGAAUGCGAAGGUAAAGCCCCCGCACGCAACCAAAUUCCCAAACCAUGCGACCAUUUCGACCUUAUUGCCGGCACUGGAACCGGCGGACUCAUUGCGCUCAUGCUUGGUCGGCUCCGGCUGGAUCUGGAGACAUGCAAGGAUGUAUACGUGCGCAUGACUAGACGAGUCUUCGAAACCGAUAAGACCAUUGCCGGCAUCCCCUAUAGGUCAACUCUCUUCAAAGCCUCGAAGCUGGAAGAGGCCAUCCGCCAGUGCGUGUGGGAGCAUACAGUCUCCAUGGAGGAGGGAAAUGAUGGUUCCCCCAGGCCUCAGAAACCCAUCUCUGUCCACGGCCCAGUACUGCGUCCGCACUCAGCUCACACGCUGCACAGCCGGACCAGUCGGUCGAGCGUCAGUACAACUGGUGCAUCACCAGUUCGGUCGCCAGCGAGUUUGCGCGGGUCUCAUAUUCAAGGCUGGGGGAAUGCCGAUGCAAUACUUUAUGAUAAGCGGGAAAACAGGACGAAGACUGCGGUUGCGGCUGUUUACAAAGGGACCCCGAUGGAUGGAAAUCCGACUCUGCUACGAUCGUACGAUUCGCGAAAGGAACCCGCGCCGGAAUUCAACUGCACGAUAUGGCAAGCUGGACGGGCAACAUCCGCAACAGGGCUUGCAUUCAAACCUAUUUUAGUAGGACAACAUGUUUUCAUUGACGAGGGUGCUGGUAAAUAUAAUCCCGCGCCAAUGAUUCUCGAUGAAGCAGCCGUCAAUGAAUGGCCAGGGAGAGAAGUGGGCCUUUUCGUCAGCGUUGGAACGGGCAAACGACCCUCAGGAACAAAUCAUAUCCAACAUGAGUGGUGGGAGGAUGUUUUCGCCGAUUCCCUGGGCAAUUUUGCUGAAGCGCGAAGACGGCUGAUUGCGAAAAUCGAGGGCUGCGAAAAAAUACAUCAAUACAUGCUCAAGGAACAUCUCAGAAAACGCAACGUUCCGCUAGAAAAUUACGUCCGUCUCAACGUUGAAGUUGGCGUGGGAGAGUUUGGCAUGAAUGAAUGGAAUCGCCUGGCGGAAAUUAGCACAAGCACCCGGACUUAUCUCUCCCGGAACGACGUGCAGAAGAUGAAUCAGGAGGCGGCUGUCAAGUUGGCCAAGAUCCAUUUUAUUCAUCGUAGGCUUGUGGUGGGCGACGGAGGGAGGGACUGGGGUGCUGAUUCCAACAGUUUCGAAGAAGGCUUGGAAGAUGGAGAUGUAUUCCAGCGGCAAUAUCAUCGACCGGUACCUCCUAUCCCGGUGUCCAUGCCGUCACCACACCCGAAUCCGCGCCCUCCACCACCAUCCACCAUCGAAUUCCCAGACGCAGUCGAACUUCCUGGAGAGGAUUUUAUCCCGUUUUCAUUCGUGAAUAAUAACACGAAUAAUUCAAACCCACCACCCCUCCCAACCUCCAGCUAUCCACAAAUACACCGCACGAGUUCCCAAGAAAAAUAUACAGUCGUCACCUCCGAUGAACACAUUCCUCACCCACUCAACUUCAGCCGCAAGACUCCGAUCCCGAUGCCAACCCCAUCCUCGCCCACAACCAACCAACCAUCACCCUUCACCUCUCAGACCCGCCUAAACAGCAGCGACCACCGAAAUCCCAGUAGUCGCCCACAAAGCAGCUACAACAAUCCUUCCGCAUCCUCCCCCCGCGUCAGCGCCGAGCUGUUCAUAAACCCUCCCCCGCUAGCAGUAACAACAACCCGCCCACCAAGCAGCCACCAAAACCAAACCCAAACUCACCAUUCCGUUCGCCUCUCCCAUACCCCGCCCCUAAGCCCACCACCCAGCCACCCACCGCCGCCGCUCCCGCCCAAGACACCCAUCCCAUACCCUGAAGAUGGCUAUGGGCAUGGCUCACCUUCCGCCCCUGGUCCUGGUCCUGGUCCUGGUCCUCCUCGCCCUGGCUCCGGGUACGGGCAUGGGCAUGGGCAUGGGCAGGGGUAUGCACCGGCGGUCAUGCCAAUCCCGCCGCGGGCGCCGAAUAGGCCGAAUAGUAACUCUUACGGGGGUUUGCAGAGUGGCAAUGGGAUUGGGAUUGGGAUUGGGAACGGGAACGGGAACGGGAAUGGUGUUGCGAAAUUGCCGUAUCCUAGUGAUGGGCCGCCGCCGUUGGUCAAUAAAGGGCGGAAGCCGACGUAUAGUCGGCGGUGAAAACGAGGGCGAGUGCGGGGUGAGGCCGGUGUGAUAUAAUAGAAUGAGCUUUCCUUUUACCGUUGUCUUCGGUUUUAUAUUUAUAUGUAUACGUAUACAUAUAAUGUGUUUUUUUUGCGUUAUGGAUAUAUAAUGAUGUGAUAUGAUACGCUAUGAUAUGAUGUUAAUGGGGUUUUGGGUAUUGAUUGAUAUGGAGGUUAUUUCAUCUUUUUUUUAUCUUAUUUUUUUUUAUUUUUUUUUUUCUUCGCAGAUUCAUAUUCACAUAUUCACAUAUCUAUAUAUCCCUAUGUCUAUUGAUUAUUUCGGUAUGAUGAUACGCAGGUAGUUAUGUUACGGGAGACAGUGGAAAAAAUGUCAGGUGGAAACGUGGAAACUAGAACUGACUCUGGCAGUUAGGAAUUCAUUGACAUUUUUAAGAGUAAUAAAAUAGAUAAUUUUAAUAUCUGUGUGCUCAAGAGGUUCAAUAAUGCAUGCAGAUAUGGAAUGAGGAUUUUUGUGGCUUCAGAGAGAGAGUCCUUAUUAGUUAUUAAUAACUAACUAUUUAAGCGGGUUCAUCGCUCCAGCAACGAUCCUUGGAACCCUCAGGGGAUUGGAUUGCUUGCUUUGUUG